AUGUCUACCACCAACACCAGCACCUUCAUUCCAGCACAAUCAACUGACAACAUCCAGCUGGUCAUCACCACUGAAAAUGCCAAGCAGAUGGUUGAGGAGGCUGCCAGGGUUACAAUGCAGGUACUGAGAGGACUUUGGGGCCAGGAUGCUAAGCACUGGGGCAAAGUGGCUCAGCUUGUGUGGGCCCAGCUGGAUCAUGCAUGGUAUCACCUUCAUCACCAGCCCAAGUCUCACCCAUAUUACAAGGUCAUGGAGGAGCUUACCAGGCCUUCGUCGAGGGCCAAGCACCAGGCACAGCCAGUGGAUGAGGGGAAGGGGAAAGAGUUGGGUAUGGAUGAGGCUCAAAGGAUUUGGCUUCCAGGAUCCAAAGAUGCACCCACAGACACUACAGCUAGGACCACUGGAGUUGCAAUGCAGAAGCUGGGAAAUGAGGAGGAUCAGAACAGGGAGAAGGCAUGGGGCCAUAGCCAGUCAAGACAUGGCCAGCCAGUGGCCAAGCCUGUCAAUGCCAGUGAUCAGACCAGUAGAGGCUGGAGCCAGUCAAGGAGACCAAUGAAGAAGGCAAAACUGGCAGUUGACAAGGAUGUACAGGACUGGCAAGACAUCAACAACCCUCCUGAGUCCUGGGUUGUAAUGCUGGAAGCUGAGCACCAUCAUCCAUCUCCUGGCCCAUGGACUGGCUGCCCCAUGGGAAUUAUUACUCCAUCAUGGCUAUCCCAGUCACAGUCUCAUGCAAGAAGUGUUGCAACAGACCCACCCAUCACUCCAGCACCAACUACUACAACUGGUGCCAAUGAUCCAUGCCAUUGUGACAAGUAUCAGGAAGAGGUUACCAUCCUCAAGCAGGAGAAUGCUGACAUGAGGCAGGAGAUAGAAGUAACCCAUACUGAGCUUACUGCUCUCCAUUGGGUGGUAGAUGCUAUCUGUAAUCACCUAUUCCUGACCCCAGACAUGCUUAACCAUCUUCUGGUCCCAUUUCACACUACUUGCAACCCUACACCAGUACCUCACAUGCCAGUCAUGGUGGAACUUGGCACUGCAACCAGUGUUGUAGAGGUUCAAUCAUCCUGA